CUCCGCCCAAUGGCGGUCGUUUAAAUUUUAAGCUAGUCCUUAGCAACGUCAACCAGGCGAACACACAACUUUUAAAGCAACCAUGGCGUCGUAUCAAUGUGCCUUACAAUGUCCACACACUCUGUACCAAUCUCCGGCUAAGGUAUUUGCUAAACUUAAAAAGAAAGUACAGGACGGAGAACAAACGACGUGUGGAGUUGGACAAUACGCAACGCAAAUGACAACAGGUUGGAGCGGAAGAGACCAUUUCUGGGACUUGAAUGAACUCCAGCACAAGUUUGGUGAGGAAGAGGCUUUGACUAUUUCGCCAAUAAAAAGUCCCCAAAAAAGCGAUGGCUAUUCAUACGCAAUGGAGCUCCCAGAUACAACCAACGCGUUACAUCGAUUCAAAUCACCAAUGGGACGAUUUUUGGAGUCGACGUAUGAACCUCGCGUCUGCACGGACCCACAUUCAACAAGAGACCCUCGACAGAUUAUUGACAAAAACGUCGCGAAUGAAAUCUCUCCUACUGACUCCUGCAUGCCUUCAGUGUCCAGUUUUUCCCCUGCGAGGAAGAAACUACGGAAAAGAAAAGCAGAGGAGACGAACAUGAUUUUCUGCGAUGCAAAUGUCACAUCAGAAAUCGAAGAUGACAGCAUUGACACAGUUGGCCAUCGGUGCACCCCAAAGAAAACAAGCGAGAUGGAAAGUUGCAGAGUCUCUUUGGAACGACUCAUGUCUCCUGCUAAGAUAUUCGCUUUCAUGAAAGAGAAGGUAAGCAGAAGAGAGAGAGAACAAGACAACAGAGACUGCCAAGAACCAGGUGAACCCCCUGAUGGAGUUGGAUGUCAGAGGCUGGAAAUUGGGCCAGGAGUCUCCCAGGAGUUUGCAGACAACCAGUCAGAAACACGUCAUCCCGAAGAGGACUCUCCCCUCAAUGUCACGUCGGAGAGUAUUUUGUUCGAUCCCAUCCUCCUCAACGAGCCCUCCAUCUGCAUUCCAAAGAAACACAGCUCACUGUUCAAGAACAAGCAAAAGGAAAACUUGACAAAAAUACCCUAUGAGAAUGCUAUUAAUCUUAAAGAGUGGUUCCUGAGGAGGAAUCAUAAUGGCAUAUUUGUGGAAGGAAUCCGCAUGGAGAACAGGACACCGUGGAACAGCAACAUCAUUGUGGAGAGAAUUUCCAGCACUGUGUUGAAAACGUUGUCUGGCAACGUUUACAUCUUGGUGGGGAAGAUGAAUCUGCACAUGAAGACUGACUUUCCCCGCUGGCUUUUGAGGUUGUUUGCCCAUGGAUUCCCUGCAAAUUGGAAAGCGCUUUACCACAAGUUUUUGGCGGAAUUAAAAGACAACAGGAGCAAAGUAAACACUGUAAAGGCAAGUAAAACAACAGAGAAGUCUGCUCCCGCCCCAACAAUAAAAAGACACAAGGAAGCGCCUGUCCAGAAGACGAACACCAGUGCGUUUUUCCAAAAAGUGACCCGGAGCGGGCGGACGAUCAAACCACCCCUGGAAUACUGGAAAGGAGGCAGGAUCUUCCUGGAUGCAGACUUUAAUACUACCAUCUAUGACAAUUACAACAGCCUUAGCCUCAACUCCGAUGUUUCAAAAGUGGUGCCUGAGGCAAAGUCUAAAAAAACUACCCAGGCUAUUCCUCUCAGCGAUAAAGGUCACACACAAAGCGAAUCCAGCAGAGAUAGCGUUCCGUCGGCGACACCAAAAAGAGACAAGAGGCCGCAAAGUCAAAGUCUACCUGAAGCGAAUCACUCUGCUUCACCCAAAGUAGCAGUGAAGAGGCCGAGCCGCCACGCCGUCAAUGAAGAGUCGAAAAAUGACAAUGCGCUACCGUCCAGUCAACCCAAGAAGCUCCCCCAACAGCGGUCCAAAGCAAAGCCGUGCAAUGCUCCUCUGAAAAAUGGCAAUGCGCUACCGUCCAGUCAACCCAAGAAGCUCCCCCAACAGCGGUCCAAAGCAAAGCCGUGCAAUGCUCCUCUGAGGAGGUCAGCGAGAAAAAACACCCCCCUUCAGUUAUCCACCGCUAAUGAAAACUCACUCGCGUCUGAAGAUGAGCAGUCGCGGGACAAGGAGGAAAGGCGAAGCAAUCACGCUGCUAGCGCCCAUGAGAACACAAGACCCAAACCCCAAAAGUUCCCCAGGAAGGAGUCCAAAAAGAAAGCACUUAAAUCUCCUGCGUUAAAUAAGUCAGAAAUAAAGCUCGCUUCACAGUUGUCUGCUGAUAAAGAAAUAUUAGAAGAGGAGCAGGCGCUUUCUGCAUGGAGGAAAAAACAGGACAAGAAGGGGCAUCCGUCGCCAAGUCAUUCCCAAAAUCUCCCGGUACAAGAGCCCAAAAGGAGGCGGGGGAGAAAACGGCCCCCGCCUCGCUUUUAUGCUCAGGAGGAGGAGGUGCAGGAGAGGCCAAGUCCUCACACCAGCGACUCCAGUGAUCAGUCAGACAUUGAGAACACAUCGCCAUCCAAAAAGACUUCCCAAAAGGGGUCCAAAACCAAGGGGUCCAAAACCAAGGGGUCCAAAACCAAGGGGUCCAAAACUAAGGGGUCCAAAACCAAGGGGUCCAACACUCCUCCAUCGAGAAGAGAGGAGGCAGUGAAGCGAAGCAAAAGGAAGCCCAGAAAGCAAAACAGGAACCCGAAUCGCGACAGCGCCAAACUCACGUCGCCCGCAAAGUUGACGCAAUCUAACAAGAAAGUCAGCCCAAGGUCCACUGAAUCUCCUCAAGCCCAAGAUGAGGAUCAGUGGACACAAGAUGAGGAGGCAAAAUUACAGCAGGCUUUGUCCAGGUGUUUUCUGUCCUCUCCCACGGCAUUCUGCUGGGAGAAUGUGGCCACGAUGGUCGGCACGCGCUCGGCAGAGGAGUGCUACUACAAGGACAUGGCCUUGCGAGGCUGCCACGUUCCGGGGAGCAGCACCGGGAAAAAACAAAAGAAAAAGGCGGAACCGCCAAAACCCACAGACUGUCCCGUCAUAUCAGCAGGCAUCGGGACCUUCAAGAGAAAACAGCAGGUGCGGCAGUUCCUGGAGACCAUGCCCCGAGAGAAUACCGACGACGCCUUCAGCGCACCGCACAAUGAGGGCUUUGAGUUCCCGCCCUUGUGUUUGGAUGGAACGCAGGACUUCCACCUGGAGCCCAUGUCGCCGAGUGCGCUGCAUUUCUCUCAAGCGAAGACUCCUCGCUGUCGUCACGCCUCUCCCGGAGUGAUGCAUUCUACAAACAUGCUCCAUGGGGACAAGCUCGUCUUUAACCUACAGAAAGCCAUAAAACAAACUCGGGUCAACGGCUGCAAAAAAGUUCCAGCGAAGAACGUUGCUCCCCCACCAUCAGUCAAACGAACAACGAAACCAAUUAAAAACUUAGGAAACGAUUCCAUUUUCAUCCAGGAGUUGUUUUCAAUGAAACCUGCCACGUUGCUUGACAGUGGGGAAGAAGAGGACUUUUACUUCUCCGACAGUGACUGAAACCAAUUGACAUUAGACAUAAUUGUAAAGAUGUAAAUGAAAUAUAUCCAUGGCAAAUGUUUGUUUUAAUCGUAUUUCAUUAAACAAAAACCUACCUUUUUUCCUGUA